UUGGUUAACAAUGUAUAACUGAAUUUGUUUGAAUAAUUAACCAUUAAUACAAAUGUUUUUUUCAAUUCCGGUUAUUUAUUGACAAGUGCUGCAGCUGAUUGUUUUCUUGGUGACCUGAUGAGUUGCAUUUCCUCACUCGAUUUCAGUUUAAGUCCAUAGAGCUCGUCGGAGCUGAGGGAACAGGGUAGAUUGGAAGGUUUUUGGAAAUUUUCUGCAUGCACUGUAACUGGAAGGUCAGGCAGUGCUGGUCAGUGUUCGAGGGGCCAUAGACCUUUCUCUCUUCGCAAAUAAACGGAGAAGCCUUCAGACAAUUAUCAAAGGUCUAAUUGAAUGGGUGAUUGCUGAUUGUGGUGCCGUGGAAGGUUUGUAACAAUGUCACGGGUCGUGCUUCGAAGACCUCUCCUGGCGCAUCUGACAGGCUGUAGCUUCCUGGCGCAGGUUGAACGAGGUUCUGCUCCCCUGGCGCGAUUGGGCUCCCGGUGCAGGUCGUUCAGCCGCAGUAUGUAUGCUAACGCUGAGCUCACAAUUCCUCCACCCCCGGCCCUCCUGCAACCUCUUGUUGUCCCCAAAAAACUACUGCUGGGACCCGGACCCUCGAACAUCUCCACUCGCGUCCAAGAGGCGGGUGGCAAGCAAAUAAUUGGGCACAUGCACGUCGAAAUGUUUGAGAUUAUGGACACGAUAAAAGCUGGAAUACAGUAUGCCUUUCAGACCACAAACAACAUGACUCUGGCAAUCAGUGGCUCUGGCCACGCAGCGAUGGAAGCAGCUUUAGUUAACGUGGUGGAACCAGGCGAUGUGGUGCUGAUUGGAAUUCACGGUGUGUGGGGUGAAAGGGCAGCAGACAUUGCUGAGAGAAUUGGUGGCGAUGUCAGGAGAUUUGUAAAACCUCCGGGUGAAAUGUUCACCUUGCAAGAAAUUGAGCAGGCUCUGGAGCAGCACAAGCCCAUUUUGUUUUUCAUCACGCACGGGGAGUCCUCCUCAGGUGUAGUUCAGGAAAUGGAUGGGAUAGGACCUCUCUGUCAUAAGCACAACUGUUUGCUGCUGGUUGAUUCUGUUGCUUCUCUUGGAGGGGUCCCUCUCUACAUGGAUAAGCAGGAUAUCGACAUCCUUUACUCAGGAUCCCAGAAAGUCCUCAACUGUCCUCCUGGAACUGCACCACUUUCGUUUAAUGACAAAGCCUGCCAGAAAAUAUUUAAUCGGAGGAAGAAACCUACUUCUCUGUACCUCGAUAUGAGUUGGCUCUCUAACAUCUGGGGCUGUGAUGGGAGCCCGAGAAAAUACCAUCAUACGACCCCCAUCACGGGCCUUUUUGCAUUGAGAGAGGCGCUUGCAAUUCUUGCAGAACAGGGCCUUGAGGAAUACUGGAAACUUCACCAGGAGAAUGCUGAGUACCUGCACAAAGGGAUAGAGGACUUGGGAUUAAAACUCUUCGUAAAGGACAAGGCCAUUAGAUUGCCCACAGUUACGACAAUUGCAGUACCAGAAGGCUAUGAGUGGAAAGACAUCACUGAUUUCAUCAUGAAUAAAUAUCAGAUUGAAAUCACUGGGGGUCUGGGGCCUACUAUUGGAAAGGUUUUGAGGAUUGGAUUAAUGGGCAUCAACAGUACAAAAGCAAAUGCAGACCUUGUGCUCAGAGCUCUGAAGGAUGCCCUUGCGCAGUGCAAGAAAAGCAAGCACUGAGCCAAGGCUGAAGGUAUGGAAUGGUUCUGGGAUCUAACAACCAGCUGACCGAACAGGAAGCUAAUCCUUCAAUAACAAAACCUGAAUUACUUUGCCUUUGGUAUAAUAAAUCAGAACAUACUUCCAACUGUACCGAAUCCUAGCGAUUAGAAAAUGAAACUCAAAAGGCCAAAUGUUGUUUUGCUUUGUGAUAUCUAUUACCAUAUAAAUACGAAGGAUCUAUUACAUAAUACUGAAGAGCACUAUUAAAUUCAAUCUUAUCUGAAUUCGCAACAAAAUAUUUUGGAAGCUGGUGUGUAUUUGAACAUUGUCCUCAUAUCAGUCACCAAUCUUAAUUCUCUCUGUGCUUGGCAAACAAACAUACCAAAGAACUUCAUUUUUCUAUUUAUCUCAGCUUUAGCAAAGUCCCCUGAUAGGUUCAGAUGUCAGAGGAUGAGGGCGAGGAAUGGAUUUGGGCCAUGGGUCAUAAUUAUCUAUUGUAACUACUACACAAUGACAUAAAUCAAGCAAUAAACAAAUUAAAUGACAAAAUCACACCCUUCCAAUCAGGUUAGUGCAAUUAUGUGACUGAAACAGGAAAGGGAGUUUAUUGUAGAGACUGCUUUUUGGAUACUCUGAAAAAUUGAGGCAUUAUGGAGAUGGGAGACCUCAAUAUAUAACUAUAACAACUGUGUUGUAUGAAUUUAAUACAUUACAGUGUAAAAUUCAACGGACCCCCACAUCCAUGUAUCUAUUGAAUAAACAAAUUUCAAUGGUA